ACUAACCCGUGCAUCAUGGAGCCCUAUGAUUGUGUGUCCGCUAUAGCUGCACUCAUCCCACUUGUUGACAAUAUGAUGGAAAUUCUAAAAGUCUAUGCAACACAGAAAGCCAGGAAUGGUACUCGAGAUAUCUUGAGCCUGCUGUAUGAGAUUUCCAAUCUCGACGAGCAACUCGAAGACCUCAAGAGACUUCUUCAAGCCCCAGAAGGAACAACACUGGUAUAUUCGCAGUCACUUUUCAACGACUCAAUGGUAUUUUGCACGGCCUUGGAGAACUUGAGGAAGAUAGACCCCAAAAGCUCCCAACCCCUAUUGAGCCGAUGGGGACUUCAGGCACUUCAAUGGCCCUUGCGACCUAUACUGUGUAGAGACGGAGGACAUUAUUAGUCAUUUCGAGAAAUACCAGUACUUCCUUAGUGUCUGUAAAGAGACCGAUUAUCAACUUUAUUAUAGGCUCACCUUCC